UCACAACAAAGAAUAAUAAGCUAAAAUAGUAAACGAUGGGAAUAUGCUGCGGUAGGCCCUCAGAAGAGGAAGAAGAACGCAUGCGCAUGGAAGCCCUGCCAAAAGUGCUCAUUGAUGAAAAUUACAAAGGUCCUAACGUCGUGGUCGACGGAGGGCUAUGUGUCAGGGGCAGAGGCGCUGCUUUGGCCAACGGUCCGCUUGUGCAGGACCAAAGCUACUGGGAAGUCAAGGUUAAAUCUGGAGGAUCAUGGGGGCUGGGAGUGUCACUUCGAACAGAGGAUCUCAAAUCUGUUCCUCUUGGACAAGGGAAUCAAAGCUGGGUAUUUAGGAACGAUGGAGAGAUCUAUCACUGCGGCGAAGCGUACACACAAUAUGCUGACAAAAUUGCCGUUAAAGAGGGCGACGUAAUAGGAUGCUCUUACGAUCACGUUGACUUACAUUUCUACAUCAACGGAAAGCAGUUGGAGUGCUCGGUGAUGACCGUCAGGGGUAAAGUGUACCCCUCUGUAUACGUUGACAACGGUGCUGUGCUGGAUUGCGAGUUCACAAACUUCGCACACCCGCCGCCCAGGGGAUACAGCCGAAUCAUGUUCGAACAGAGCCUUCUUUGAGCUGUGAACACAAUCAUUAGCGACUAUUCCUCGGCGUGCAACGACAAUCGAGACAAGGUAGUUUGGCGGUCAGACAAUGGAAAUCAACAUAGCUCGGGUGAAUACCUUUGACCUUCAAAGCAAUCCCGUAAACACCGGUAUCCUUCGUAAAUGUAUAUUAUUAGACGUACAUGAAGUUGAGAAGCCGGGAAGUUAGACUCGGUGUCAAAUAUUAUUGAACUGUGCGUGCAGCGGCAACACAAUGGUCUUCAAGCAUGGGCGAGCUGUAGUUUCGGCGGGACCUUGCAACUAGUGGUUUACGCUCGUAGCAGACUACAUCCAUUCCCAGCAUUUACCUAAAAGGGUAAUGUGGAGGCGUGGAGAUCUCAUGCCACAUGUGAAGAGCAAUGAGCUAGAAGUAUCACAAAACACCCAAUAUGGCACAUUAGCGACGAAACGUACUGUAUGUCAAGCACAACUACUUCAAUCGCACGCGCGGUUACAAACUCGAGUCUAUACAUAAGGAGGGGCAUAGGAUAAGACGGUGAACUGAGCUCGGCAGGAAUUUAGUUCAUGAAAGAUAUGUUCGGGUUAAUCUUUGUUAUGUGUAUCAGGAGCAGCAUAGUCGGUGGGGGUCGACUAUGAGCUUAACAGUGUGGUUUGUAGAAAUCGUAGGGUUGGUAGGCUGGCGCACAGUGUUAGUUCAUUAUCGCUCAGGGUGGUAUUGGCGAUGUAGAAUACAUGAAUGGCUUUCCAAUGCAAACAUCUAAAUUUCACCGAUUUGUAUGCGUGACAAUUUAAAAUUUGCUAGCUUCUGGCAGAGGAGCAAGGCAAGAACACUGGAAGACAGCCGGGCUGCACUGUGCUAGCAAGCAAUAGUUAUCUGGUUGGUUGACAGAAUUCCAUGCGAUGGAUAUGGAGACAGAGAUCGAUAUUUGCGAUAAAGAGAAAGACACCGCGAUAGUUUGCUAAACCUCAGAUGCAUCAUAUGCGCUCGCAGGCAAUCUCUAAGCGCUUGCUAAAUGCAUCUCCAUGAGAAUAUGCAGACUACCGCUUUUUGUUCAGUGGACAAACCUGAGGGAACUUUGAGUAACAUAAACUUUAAACAAACGAAGUGGUCGCAUUUAAUCAUUACAGCGAGCUUCUAGUCCAAAGGCAGAUAGAGCGGGAGGUGAUGUCGGCGAUAAGCGUCGAUCCAUUUAGCCAGGCUUCUGACCACUUGUAAUGGAAUAAAUGGAGGGCUGCAAACAUAUCCCUCCUUUCAGAUCGCUGAAUGUAUAUACUAGUGUUUCUCAUCGCCGUGAUCGCCGUGACCAUGGUGGUCCCAAGGAUGUGAAAAUCC